AAAUUGUUAAAAAUUUUAGUAUUGUAUUUAAAGUAAAAUAUUUUAUAUUCAAUAUGUUUGAUAAAAUUAACAAUAAUACAAACACUGGAAAGAUAUGUCGUAUUUGUGGUGACAAUGCUCAAGAAGUUAACGUGUUUUCAAAAUAAUGACUGCGAAAUUACAGCACAAACAAGAAAUAUGUGCCGUAAAUGUCGACUCGCAAAGUGUUUGACAAUGGGAAUGAAAAAAGAGUGGAUAUUCAACGACGAGAUGAAAGCACUGAGAAAACAGAAAAUAGAGACCACGAAAAAGCGCCGACAGUUAACCGAUAAUAAUCAGGCCUUACAUACCGGUGCUUAUAUUGAUAUACCGGCCAAUAAUACUCCAAUCAAUAGUUCUAGUAGAUGUAUAACAAUUUGCACACCACUAACCGAUUACCGUGUAGCGCAUUUUAACGAGUUGGAGGGCAAUAGAUUGCGUGAAUUAUUAUUAGCCUCUCGGAUUUUUGUAGAACAACCCGGACUAAAUAAUCAAACUGCCCUGCUGUUACGCGAGCAUGAUGUGAUCCGGGUGAUUGGCCAACGGUUUAUGCACCAAAUAACUCGAUUGGUGCACAUGUUUCGCAAUAUAACCGCGUUUAGUAAUGUUUGCGAAAAUGAUAGGAUUUCGCUAAUAAAGUACGGCUUUUUGGAGUUGUUUAUUAUGCGAGCUCUACCUCAUUAUGAUUGCCGUAGAGAUCACUGGAUUUAUGAAUUGGAAAACGGGAACUCAAUUGUAGUAAACUUGGGUGUAAUGAAAAUUUUUCGCCGCAAUAUUUACCAUUGGUUUAAAGUGUUUCAUCAAAGUAUGUGCUCGGAAUGGGACUCCGAUCCCGUUGUAUUGGACUUGUUAACUGCCAUUAUCAUGUUCAAUCCCAAUCGGCCUAAUUUAUUUCAUCCGGAAACAAUAAUUUUACAACAACAAAUAUACCUGUAUUUAUUGAAACGCUAUCUGCUGUUGAGAUAUGGCAAUGAAGGCUAUGCCGUGAAAAAACACGAUAGACUGGUGACGGCUUUGGGGAACCUGCGAGAGGUGGCCGCCCGUCACAGACGCAACUGCGAAGAGACUGACCCCGUGAUUGUGCCCUAUCAGCUACUAAGAGAAAUAUUUGACAUUAAAUCCGAUGCAAACAUUACCCAGACGGAAUAUUGUCAGAAUAAACUUGACACACCCCAGAGUUGCACCCUAUCGGCCACUAAAAGAGAUAUGUAA